CAAUCCGUUUCGUUUGACAAUGCUGGGCUACAAUAGAAAAUUGAAAGGCUGGUAAACGGACAGGGAAGAAACAAAUGGAUAGAUAGCAAAAUCCAUCUCCUUCUUUUCUUUCUCUGAAAAUGGAGUCUGCAUUCUCUCUCUCAACUUCUUCUCUCGCUCUCUUCACCAUCUCCAGAGCUCUAAACCGCCAUUUCAACACCAACUCUUCCUCCCUCCUCCGCACUCGCUGCCUCACUUCAUUCUACACUCGCAACUCUUUCCCUUCUUCUUCUUCUUCUUCUUCUUCUUCUUCUUCUUUCAGGACCUCCUGCGCUCCCUUGCCGCGCCCUUUGUACUGCGUCUCGAAUACUUCCUCGUCUUUUACGACCUCUGGUGGUGGAAACGAUAGUGGUGGUCCGUUUGGUGGGAGUGGCGGCGGCGGAGGUGGGGAUAGGUCGGACGGUAGUGAUGCCAAGUCGAAUUUGACUGCGGGAGGGACAGAGGAUGUCUCUGCGCUUUCUCCAGAUGUUAUAAUACUCGAUGUUGGAGGAAUGACAUGCGGGGGAUGUGCAGCCAGUGUAAAGAGAAUAUUGGAAAGUCAACCACAAGUCUCCUCUGCUAGUGUCAAUCUCACCACUGAGACUGCAAUUGUGUGGCCUUUAUCUGAGGCAAAAGUUGUACCAAACUGGAAAAAACAGUUGGGAGAGGAACUUGCAAAGCAGCUGACAAGUUGUGGUUUCAAAUCUAACCUUCGAGAUGCAGGGAGAGGAAUCUUCUUCAGUGUUUUUGAAAAAAAAAUGGAGGAAAAGCGUGAUCGUUUAAGAGAAAGUGGUCGUGAGCUUGCUGUCUCUUGGGCUCUCUGUGCUGUAUGCCUCUUUGGUCAUCUUUCUCAUAUUUUUGCUCUCAAGGCCUCAUGGAUCCACAUGUUUCAUUCCACAGGAUUCCACCUGUCUUUGUCUUUGUUUACAUUGCUUGGCCCUGGGCGUCAGCUUAUCCUAGAUGGUGUGAAAAGCCUUCUUAAGGGGGCUCCAAAUAUGAACACCUUAGUUGGACUUGGGGCUUUAUCUUCAUUUGCUGUUAGUUCAUUAGCUGCCUUAAUUCCAAAGCUGGGUUGGAAGGCAUUCUUUGAGGAGCCAAUUAUGUUAAUAGCUUUUGUCUUGCUGGGUAGGAAUCUUGAGCAAAGAGCUAAAAUUAAAGCAACCAGUGACAUGACAGGACUUCUAAGUAUUUUACCUUCAAAAGCUCGUCUUCUGAUUCAUGAUGAUGCAAAAGACCGAGGCUCAAUUGUUGAAGUCCCUUGUACCAGUCUUUCUGUUGGGGAUCAAAUUUUUGUAUUGCCUGGAGAUCGUGUUCCAGCAGAUGGAAUAGUUAGAGCUGGUCGAAGCACCAUUGACGAGUCGAGUUUCACAGGGGAGCCAUUACCAGUGACUAAACUACCUGGGAGUCAAGUAGCAGCUGGAAGUAUAAACCUCAAUGGGACCCUAACAGUUGAAGUGCAGAGACCAGGUGGUGAGACUGCAAUCGGAGACAUUGUUCGUUUGGUGGAAGAAGCACAGAGCAGAGAGGCUCCAGUACAGCGACUGGCUGACAAGGUGUCAGGGCACUUUACUUACGGAGUAAUGGCACUCUCAGCUGCUACGUUUAUGUUCUGGAACUUGUUUGGGACACAUGUGCUCCCUGCUGCAUUUCACCAUGGAAAUCCAGUGUCACUUGCUCUACAGCUCUCUUGCAGUGUUUUGGUUAUUGCUUGUCCGUGUGCACUUGGUUUAGCCACACCUACUGCUGUGCUGGUUGGAACCUCAUUGGGUGCAACAAGAGGAUUGCUUUUGCGUGGUGGAAGUGUUUUAGAGAAGUUCUCAAUGGCGAAGACCAUUGUGUUUGACAAAACAGGGACCUUGACAAUUGGCAGACCUGUUGUAACAAAGGUUGUGACUCCUGGAGGUGUGAAAAUUACAGAUAUACAAGAAAAUGUAAAUCUUACACUGUCAGAAGUUGAAGUUCUGAAGCUAGCUGCUGGUGUAGAAUCAAAUACCAUUCAUCCUGUUGGAAAAGCUAUAGUAGAAGCUGCUCAGGCUGCCGGUUGUCAGAAUGUGAAGGUGAAAGAUGGAACGUUCAUGGAGGAGCCUGGGUCUGGUGCUGUAGCUACCAUUGAGAACAAGAAGGUGUCUGUUGGAACGCUAGACUGGGUUCAAAGGAAUGGAGUUUAUGAUAAUCCUUUUCAAGAAGUGGAGGAUCUUAAGAAUCAAUCAAUAGUCUUUGUUGGAGUGGAUAACACCCUUGCUGGUCUUAUAUACUUGGAAGAUCAGAUUAGAGAAGAUGCUAGAUAUGUUGUUGAAUCUUUGUCCAGGCAAGGAAUUAAUGUCUGGAUGCUGUCUGGUGACAGAAGGAAUACUGCUGAAUAUGUUGCAUCGAUUGUUGGUAUUCCAAAGGACAAGGUGAUAGCUAGAGUUAAGCCUGACGAAAAGAAGAAGUUUAUUACUCAACUUCAGAAGGAUCAGAACUUAGUAGCCAUGGUUGGCGAUGGAAUCAAUGAUGCUGCUGCCUUGGCAUCAUCACACAUCGGAGUUGCCAUGGGCGGAGGUGUUGGAGCUGCUAGUGAGGUGUCUUCCAUUGUACUGACUGGCAAUAGGUUGUCGCAGUUGCUUGAUGCAUUGGAACUAAGCAGGCUAACCAUGAAGACUGUGAAGCAAAAUCUCUGGUGGGCUUUUGCAUACAACAUUAUAGGAAUUCCAAUAGCAGCUGGGAUGUUGCUUCCAGUAACUGGGACCAUGCUGACUCCAUCAAUCGCCGGAGCUCUAAUGGGUUUAAGUUCUAUUGGGGUGAUGAGUAAUUCAUUGCUUCUGAGAUUGAAAUUCUCCUCGAAGCAGAAACAGGCUUAUGGAGCACCUACAGGCACUAAGAUUCUUUUGGGUUCUGAUAUUCUCAUGGACCAGAGGGAGAAAAUGAAUCAGUCAUAUUCUGGCACUCAAUGGAGAGAAGCACGAUAACAGUAAGCUCACACAACGUACCACCUUUUUCUACACACCUAGAAAGCUGGUGAAUAUUACAAUAUGAAAGAGAGAGAGAGGGAGAUAUCAAAAUACUGAAUUUUGGUAAUAGAUUUUUGAAGGUUGAUGUUUAGGAUUGAUUCUGUUACAACUCUUUUUAUUUCCUAGGAAAUUCAUUUUAUCUUGUAAUUUAUUUUAAUAAUACUUAUAACAAUUAAAUAUUGAAAAUAAGUUCAAUUAAAUCUUUUUACUUUUGUUCAA